AUGCGAACGCGCAAAGAGAAGGAGCGGGACAUGUUUCACACUACGUCGUUACGUGGGACAAUGGCAGCUGGCCCCGCUCGUGGCUCCCUCAUCCUGGCGCUGUACCUCAUCAUGGCAUUCCACUUCAGAUUGGCCCCAGCCUCCGCUGCUCGGACGCAGCUGCAAGAUCUACCACGGCAUCCAUGCGCCGGCUUUCACAGUCUGAGCGGGUCUUCCAUCUUUCCCCUCGCGCUCUGUUCUCUUGCACCUUGGUGCCUCAAUUCGCUUCCGGUGCACCCCACCGCUUGCUUGGCCAGCGUCUGA